AUGUCUGAUUGUCAGGGUCACUUUGGUCAUAUUGAACUUGCAAAGCCUGUCUUCCAUAUCGGAUUCAUCACCAAGAUUAAAAAGAUUCUGGAGUCGGUCUGUUACCACUGUGGUAAGCUGAAACUUGAUGAAAGCAACCCAUUGUUUGCACAAGCAAUCAAGAUUCGUGAUCCAAAAAGACGGUUCAAUGCAGUAUGGUCAUUGUGUAAGACAAAGAUGAUCUGCGAAACCGAUGCUCCCACAGAUGACAAUUAUCAACUUGCCAAGGCGACGGGUGCCGUUCCAUUUAGCCAUGGCGGAUGUGGUAAUACGCAGCCCACCAUCAGAAGGGAUGGUUUAAAACUUUGGGGAACUUGGAAGAGAGAUAAGAAUAGUGAAUACGGAGAUACGCCAGAAAAGCGUUUGCUAAGUCCUAGUGAGGUUUUGAACGUCAUGAAGCACAUUCCCCCCCAAGAUAUAGUAAAGUUGGGAUUGAAUGAGGAUUAUGCCAGACCAGAAUGGAUGAUUAUCACUGUAUUACCUGUACCUCCUCCUCCAGUACGGCCCAGUAUUGCGAUUAAUGAAACAGCUCGUGGUGAAGACGAUUUGACGUAUAAACUGGCAGAUAUCUUGAAGGCCAAUGGAAAUGUGCAGAGAUGUGACCAGGAGGGUGCCCCUGCGCACGUUAUUAACGAAUUUGAGUCUUUAUUGCAGUAUCAUGUUGCUACUUAUAUGGAUAAUGAUAUUGCUGGUCAACCUCAAGCGUUACAGAAGUCAGGUCGUCCAGUUAAAUCAAUUCGUGCUAGACUUAAGGGUAAGGAGGGCCGUUUGCGUGGUAACUUGAUGGGUAAGCGUGUCGAUUUUUCGGCUCGUACUGUUAUUUCUGGUGAUCCCAAUCUUGAUUUGGACCAAGUUGGUGUACCAAGAAGUAUUGCUAGAACCUUGACAUACCCCGAAAUUGUCACUCCAUACAAUAUUCACCGCUUGACUCAGCUGGUACGAAACGGACCCAAUGAACACCCUGGUGCUAAGUAUGUGAUUCGUGAUACUGGCGAAAGAAUUGACUUGAGAUAUCAUAAGCGAGCUGGUGAUAUAGCACUUCAAUAUGGCUGGAAGGUUGAGCGACAUAUCAUUGAUGAUGAUCCUGUGCUGUUUAAUCGUCAACCAUCGUUGCAUAAAAUGUCCAUGAUGGCCCAUAGAGUAAAGGUUAUGCCGUAUUCCACAUUCCGUCUAAAUCUAUCUGUGACUUCGCCAUAUAAUGCUGAUUUCGAUGGUGACGAAAUGAAUUUGCAUGUUCCUCAGUCGGAGGAGACCAGAGCUGAGUUGUCCCAAUUGUGUGCUGUGCCGUUACAAAUCGUAUCUCCUCAAUCUAAUAAACCUGUCAUGGGUAUUGUACAGGAUACAUUGUGUGGAAUUCGAAAAAUGACUAAACGUGAUACGUUCAUCGAGUACGAGCAGGUCAUGAAUAUUUUGUUCUGGGUUCCUAAUUGGGAUGGUGUGGUUCCUCCUCCCGCAAUUCUCAAGCCUAAACCGCUAUGGACCGGUAAACAGAUGGUCUCAUUGACAAUUCCAAAGGGAAUUUUCUUGCAGCGCUUUGAUGAAGGAAACCCACUAAUCAGUCCCAAGGAUAACGGUAUGCUUAUUGCAAAGGGUGAGAUUAUGUAUGGGUGUGUUGAUAAGAAGACUGUAGGUGCAACCGGCGGUGGCUUGAUCCAUACAAUUAUGCGUGAAAAGGGCCCGAAGAUUGCUGCCGGCUUUUUCGGAAAUGUUCAAAAAGUUGUCAAUUAUUGGCUGCUUCAUAACGGUUUCUCCAUUGGUAUUGGUGAUACCAUUGCCGAUGGUGCAACCAUGAGGGAUAUUGCUAAUACUAUUGCCGAGGCCAAACAAAAAGUGCAAGAGAUCAUUAACGAAGCUCAAGCAAACAAAAUGUCUCCGGAACCAGGUAUGACUUUGCGUGAAUCUUUCGAACACAAUGUCAGUAGAGUAUUGAAUCAAGCUCGUGAUAAUGCUGGUCGUUCGGCUGAGUUGUCCUUGAAGGAGUUGAAUAAUGUUAAGCAGAUGGUAGUAUCUGGUUCUAAAGGUUCGUUUAUUAACAUUUCUCUAAUGUCGGCCUGUGUGGGCCAACAGAUUGUCGAGGGUAAGCGUAUACCUUUUGGUUUUGCCGAUCGAAGUUUGCCUCACUUCACGAAAGAUGAUUAUUCUCCUGAGUCGAAGGGAUUUGUGGAAAAUUCUUAUCUUAGAGGAUUAACUCCACAGGAGUUCUUUUUCCACGCCAUGGCUGGUCGUGAGGGUCUUAUCGACACUGCUGUCAAGACUGCUGAAACUGGUUAUAUUCAGCGUCGUCUAGUUAAGGCCUUAGAGGAUAUCAUGGUUCAAUAUGAUGGAACUACUCGAAACUCUUUGGGUGACGUUAUUCAAUUCAUUUAUGGUGAAGAUGGCCUUGAUGGUACCCAGGUCGAAAAACAAACCAUUGAUACUAUUCCAGGUGCCGAUGAGGCCUUUGAAAGAAGAUAUAGAAUCGAUGUCAUGGAUCCCCAAAAGUCGAUCAAGCCUAGUCUACUCGAAAGUGGCAACGAGAUCAUUGGUGAUUUGGAAAUUCAAAAGGUUCUUGAUGUUGAGUACAAUCAACUGUUGUCUGAUCGUAAAAUGUUACGAGACUUUGUGUUUACUGAUGGUGACCACAACUGGCCUCUGCCAGUUAAUCUUCGUCGUGUUAUUCAAAACGCCCAGCAAAUCUUCAACUUGGAUCGUUCAAAAGCUAGUGAUUUAACUAUUCCCGAGAUUGUCCAUGGUGUUGAGGAGCUAGCGACUAAGCUGAUUGUUAUCCGUGGUGAAGGUGAACUACUUCGGGAAGCCCAGGCCAAUGCAUCUUACUUAUUCCAAUGUUUGGUUCGCUCGAGACUGGCCUCGAAACGUGUCUUGGAAGAAUACAAGCUUAACAAGGCUGCAUUUGAUUGGGUCUUAGGUGAAGUUCAAACUCAAUUUGCGAAGUCCUUGGUUAAUCCUGGUGAAAUGGUUGGCGUUGUUGCUGCUCAAAGUAUUGGUGAACCUGCUACACAGAUGACGUUGAACACAUUUCACUAUGCCGGUGUGUCGUCUAAGAAUGUUACGCUUGGUGUUCCCCGUCUUAAGGAGAUUCUCAAUGUUGCUAAAAAUAUCAAGACUCCUGCCCUAACUGUGUAUCUGGAAAAUGACAUUGCUUCCGAUAUUGAAAAGGCUAAGGUUGUGCAAUCUGCUAUUGAACAUACUAGUUUGAAGAAUGUUACAACUGCUACUGAGAUUUACUACGAUCCGGAUCCACGUACCACUGUAAUCGAGGAGGAUUUGGAUACGGUUGAAGCCUAUUUCUCUAUCCCAGAUGAGGCUGUUGAAGCAAGUUUGCAUAAGCAAUCUCCUUGGUUGCUUCGUCUAGAACUGGAUCGUGCUAAGAUGCUUGACAAACAAUUGACCAUGAGUCAAGUAGCUGAAAAGAUUUCUGAGAGUUUUGGUGAAGACUUGUUUGUGAUGUGGUCUGAAGAUAACGCUGAUAAGCUUAUUAUUAGAUGUCGCGUUGUUCGUGACCCUAAGACUGUUGAGGAAGAAGGCGAAGUUGAAGAAGAUCAGAUGGUGAAGGCUAUCGAAGCACACAUGCUUGAGGCUAUCACUUUGCGAGGUGUGCCAGAAAUCUCUAGGGUGUUUAUGAUGGAGCACAAGAGGACUGUUCCUGACCAGGCGACCGGAGACUUCCAGACGCGUAUGGAGUGGGUUUUGGAAACUGACGGUAUAAAUUUGGCUGAAGUUAUGUCUAUUGACGGUGUUGAUCCUUACAGAACGUAUUCCAAUUCCUUUGUGGAAGUCUUGUCUGUACUUGGUAUUGAGGCUACCCGAUCUGCAUUGUACAGAGAGAUCUUGAACGUUAUUGCAUUUGAUGGUUCUUAUGUCAACUAUCGUCAUAUGGCAUUGUUGGUCGAUGUUAUGACUUCGAGAGGUCACCUGAUGGCCAUUACCCGUCAUGGUAUUAACAGAGCCGAUACUGGUGCAUUGAUGAGAUGUUCGUUUGAAGAGACUGUCGAGAUUCUCUUGGAGGCUGCUGCAGUGGCCGAGCUGGAUGAUUGUAAGGGUGUUUCAGAGAAUAUCAUGCUUGGACAGAUGGCACCUUUGGGUACAGGUAGUUUUGAUGUCUACUUAGAUGAUGAAGCUUUGAGUACUUUACCUGUUGAUUAUUCUGCAAUGGGACAAGAGGCUUCUAGUGCUUAUCCUUCAAACACAGGACUUGCUGAUGGUGCUGCUACUCCUUACGAUGCCCGCUCACCACUUAAUGAUAGCCAUGUUGGUAUUAUUGAUAGCAGUGCGGCGUUCUCACCGUUAGCACAGUCUGGAUUGGGCGAUGAUCGUGGUGGAUUUACCGAAUAUGGUGGAGGCUUUGGCCAGUCACCAUUUGGCGCUGGCAUGGCUUCUCCUGGUUAUGCACCCACCUCGCCUUUCUCGACCUUUGGUGCUGCUUCGCCUGGUUACAUGGCAGGUGCUGCAAGUCCUGCAUUUGCACCCACGAGCCCUGGAUUUACUGGUGGAGCCACCUCGCCCGCUUAUAGUCCGACUAGUCCAUCUUACAGUCCUUCAAGUCCGGCUUAUAGCCCUACCAGUCCUUCUUACAGUCCUACGUCUCCAUCGUACAGUCCUACAAGCCCCUCGUACAGUCCCACCUCACCCUCGUACAGUCCAACUAGUCCCUCAUACAGCCCGACCAGUCCUUCUUACAGCCCGACCAGUCCCUCUUACAGUCCGACUAGUCCUUCAUAUAGUCCGACAAGUCCUUCUUACAGUCCAACUAGUCCAUCUUACAGCCCUACUAGUCCUGCGUAUAGUCCGACAAGUCCAGCUUACAGCCCUACGAGCCCUUCAUAUAGCCCUACAAGUCCUUCCUACAGUCCGACCAGUCCAUCAUAUAGUCCGACCAGCCCUUCCUACAGUCCCACUUCACCUCAAUAUUCUCCAACAUCUCCUCAGUAUUCGCCUAAUUAUGGCAAUGGUAAUACCAACAAGGACGAUAAGAAGAGUAAUUGA